AUGAGCCCUGAGAUUAUGAAGAUGCUACAAGAUGCGGCCACGCCUGACGACAAGCAUGGUACUGUCAUAUUGCUGGAGGUGGGUGCUCUUUGGGUGUCGGCGUUUUGUGUUUGGCAAGCCCAGUACAGCAUCUACAUGAUGUCUCUGCUUGCAGCAGCAGCGCUCGUUUGGCACUGGGUUCUGGGUCACGAAGUUCUGACACCCUUUCUGUAUACAGCCACCGUGGCAAUGCUCUCAUUGGGAUGGCUUGGUUGUCUGUGUGCGCAACUGAUGCAGCUCCUGCAGCUGGCGCAGCUGGUAGUGCUUCUGCUUGCAACAGCUGUGGCACAGCGGGCCUUGGAGAACUUCGUGCAUGAAUGCUCGCAUGGCAACGCCUUCGAGACGCGUGCCUGGAACGAUGGUGUGAUGGCCCGGAUGGCAGGAGCUCUCGUCUUCAAGGACAUCGCAUCAUACCGCCGAAGCCAUCAAGUGCAUCAUGCCCGCUUCGGUCUUGAGGAGGACCCAGAUCGGAUCAUCUACCGAAGGGCAGCUUUGGGAGACCAAGCGCCAGCUGUGCUCUGGGCAUGGUACAAGGAGAACUUGGGAAACAUCCGCCUCCACUAUCUGCUGAAGAUCUGUGUCCUCUUUGGGAUUGGAGGUCUCUUUAUUCAGGCUUGGAGGACUGGAGUGGCAGUGUGGCUCUCCAGCUACAUCUUGAUUCUUCCGGUGCUUCGUAUGUAUGCCGAGCAUGCAGAACAUGGCGGGCUCGUCGGAGAUCCGCCAGAGGAUGCGCAGGGUCGCAAGGCUUUCCUCGCAGGACACUGGACCAUGACCCGUUCAAACAUCGGCCUGCUGCACCGAUGGAUCUUCCAUCCACUGAAUGAUGGCUUCCACACAUUGCACCAUCUCUACCCAAAAGUUCCCUUUCAUCAGCUACGGAGCCUUCACGGCCUUCUGAUGGCGGAAGAGCCGGCUUACCGACAGCAGUGCCAAAUGUUAGUGAAUGACAAGCUACAGGCCGUCGGUGAACCGCAGCGCCCCCAACAGCUCUGCCCCCUGGGCUUUUUCAGCUUGCGUGGUUUAGUGCCCUCUGCUACACCACCGCAGCUCCUACGGAUGUGCAAUCUCAAGUUGCAGCUCUACUACCUGGAUUGCGGCGCCGGGCUGUCGUUGCUGGAGGCGCAUCUGGAGAAGUACCGCUUCUUGCGCGGCACGGAGGUGCCGAGCGCCGACGACCUCGUGGCCCGGGAGAAGGUGGAGGCGGCGGGUCACAACUUGGAGAAGUACCCCUUCCCUCGAGUUCGGGACUGGAUCGAGCGCUUGAGGCAGACGGAUGCCACGACUACAGCUUCCGGAGAGGUGGCCGUCGAGUUCUUGGAGCACUCCCCGGUGAACUUGGACUACAUCAAGCAGCUCCGGAGCCAAGAGGAGCAGGAGUUCAAGUACCACGUGUACGCGAAGCGGGUCACCGAGAGCUUCGACGAGGACGCUCUCCCGAUGGAUCUGCCCCUUGAGACGCGCUGUGCUCGUUUCACCAUCGAGCCGGGCGUCUUCGAGAAGCUGCCCGGCCUCCACGUGGUCACGGCACUGGUGCUGAAUGCUCCGAACCUGGACGCCGAGGGCUGGAUCAAAGGCCACUUCGACUCUGUUUGCAAGAUGGUCGCUGGCAAGAAGCUCGAGGCCAAGAGGGGUCGGCUCGAUGUCUGGAAGCGCUACACCAGUGAGCUCAAGGACCGGGGCUCCGACAACCUCUUCCUGACAAAGGGUGCCCGGCGAGAGCCUACAGUCCAGUCCAUGCAGUCCCCCCCUGGACCAGAAGGGCAAGAGCUUCUCGGUAAACCCUCUGGUAGACUUCUACAACACCCUCUCCGUCAAGCACGUGGUCACUGGCGGCGGCUUCGACUUGGAAGCAAUGCCAGGGGAUCUCCGGUUGCGGCUUUCCAAGAAGGGUGA